CAACAGGAGGAACAGGUUUCUGCGGAGGUUUUAAUUCGGACAAUCUGGACAACAACUCACGAGAGAAUCCGAAGAAGAGACUGUGAAAGGUGCCAAAACCACCUGAUGCUGCAGCCUAAUCUGGUCACCUGGGACUGAACACGCACACACACACACACACACACACAUACACGGACAUACGGACGGACGGCCAACAUGGCGUCAGACCCACCCAUACUGACAGAGCAUCAGGAGCUGCAGAGGAGAGCCAAUCAGGUCACGGAUGAGUCCCUGGAGAGCACCAGGCGGAUGAUGCAGCUGGUUGAGGAGAGUAAAGAUGCUGGGAUCAGAGCUGUGGUUAUGCUGGAUGAACAAGGAGAGCAGUUGGAGCGUAUAGAGGAGGGCUUGGAUCAGAUCAACUCUGAUAUGAAGGAGGCAGAGAAAAACCUGACUGACCUGGGCAAGUGCUGUGGCCUCUGCUCCUGUGAUAAACUGAAGGCCUUUGACGAGAGCGGGGCGUGCAAGCCAGUUUGGGGCGGAGGAUCCGGUCAGGACGGCGUUGUGUCUAAUCAGCCGCCAUCGUCUCGAGUCGUUGAUGAAAGGGAGCAAAUGAUCAUGAGCGGAGGACACAUACGGAGCAAGGCUAUUCUCAACGUGUCCCGCAUCGGCGCUGCCAACCAGAAAGCCAACAACCUCAUUAAACGAUAGAAGGAGCGCUCUUUUAUUUCACUCUUUUUCUACUAAUUCACCCUACUUGCAAUUAGCAUAUGCUUCUGCAUGCUUUGCCAAAGUGUUGCAGCUAUUAUUCACUGCUUUACAUAGGUGUUUGUUUAAGUAGUGGUUUCUUCCGUGUGACAUUAUUGCUGGGGUAUUCCUAUGGGGACUGAUUCUCAUUAGUGAGGUGUUAAUUAUCUUGUGUUCCUGUUUACUCUCGUCGUGAUGGGGAGUCUGAUACUGAUAUGACAUAAUCCUUUUACGUGUCAUAGGAUUAUAAUAACUGUUUCACGCCUUCGUCACUUGCAUUUCACACUCUGUGAACACUCUUAAGGUGGCCUCUGCGGUCACUCGGCAGAGCGUUUUAUCAUAGGAAGCUUUAAUGAUACCUGUAGGGGAAACUGGGUCACUGCAGCGGCACCAUCACCACCAGCAGCAGCAGAGAGCAGAAUCAAGUCAAAUCAAGAACUCUUUCCACAAAAGGUGAACAUAUGGAAAACAGCCCUGUGAAGACUGUCUCCGUUGGGCCGGGGCGGGCAUUUAACUUCUACCUGGCAGAUCAUUUAAAAAAGGGGAAAAAAGCUCUAAUAAGUCAUGUGUGCAGGAUAUAUGUCCAAAUUUCCAAAAUGAAAAAAAUACCCCCCCUCUGUGUAAUCACUCCCCCCUCUCUACUCUAAAACGCUCUAUAGAGGGUGAAACACGUGCGUGAUGGCGCCCUCUGCAGGCGCUGCUGGAUAUUGCCCAGAGGAAAGAAACACGUAUUCGUCCCCAGAGGAAGAUCUCUGGCGACACCAAGCGGACGAACAUGGAACCUGCUUUUCUCCGUGGCUUCUCCAUCUUCUUUCUUCUCCACAUUGAUAUAAAAUGGUGGUGAAAUGACGAUGACUUGGUGAUGUCUUUAUAAUUUUGUUCCAUCGUUUGAAAAGGAAUCUGAGCUCAUCAAGGUUUUUGCUGACACCAUCAAGACCUCGUGUGAAUCACAGCAUUUUCUGAGAGUGAAGUGCUACUAUUUUGUGCUUGUGUGUGUUUUUCAUUAAAGCCAAUUCCAUGGGCUCACAUUGUUUCAUUAGCUGCUGUGGAUGUGGAGGUAUCACUGUUGUUACAUCCGGUCUUGAUCUACAUUGGAGUGUGACCGGGCCUAAUGUUGGAAAUAAGAUAUUAUGGUUUGUGUUUAAUGGUGUGGUUAUUAUUAAUAUAUUAGUACAAUGAAGAUGUUGACCUAUGCAGCUCUCCAUGAUUGUCACACGGCUGGUUUAAGACUAGUACGUUCAAUGGCGCAACUACAGAGCAUGAAUAGUGAUGAAAUGCUAAAAUGAAGUUAAGCUUAAAAACGGGCCCUGGCUGUGGACACAUUUAUUGGGUUAAGAGUAGGGGAUGUUUGGGGGAACUGUCAGCAUCGCGAGGAUAUUUGAUCAUCAGUUUAUCUCAUUAAAUACUAACAAUAGUGUUCCUUGCGCACAAUUUGUGCGUUUUGUGCUAGAUUUCAUUGAGAUUGUUAGUGAUUGGUGCACGCUGUAUCUGGGGCA